AUGGGCUAUACAGUGGAUGGCUGCAUUGACUGGUCGGUGGAUCUCAAGACAUACAUGGCUUUAGCGGGUGAACCUGUAAGAGUGAAAUGUGCCCUUUUCUACAGUUAUAUUCGCACCAACUAUAGCAUGGCCCAGAGUGCGGGGCUCAGGCUAAUUUGGUACAAAAACAAAGGUGAUUUGGAAGAGCCUAUCAUCUUCUCAGAAGUCAGGAUGAGCAAAGAGGAAGACUCAAUAUGGUUUCAUUCAGCUGAGGCACAAGACAGUGGAUUCUACACAUGUGUUUUAAGAAACUCCACAUACUGCAUGAAGGUGUCAAUGUCCUUGACUGUUGCAGAGAAUGAAUCAGGCCUGUGCUACAAUAGCAGGAUCCGCUACUUAGAGAAAUCUGAAGUUACUAAAAGAAAGGAGAUCUCCUGCCCAGACAUGGAUGAUUUUAAAAAGUCUGAUCAGGAACCUGAUGUUGUAUGGUACAAGGAGUGCAAGCCAAAAAUGUGGAGAAGCAUAAUAAUACAGAAAGGAAAUGCUCUUCUCAUCCAAGAAGUUCAGGAAGAAGAUGAAGGAAAUUAUACAUGUGAACUUAAAUAUGAAGGAAAACUUGUAAGACGAACAACAGAAUUGAAAGUUACAGCUUUACUCACAGACAAGCCUCCCAAGCCAUUGUUCCCCAUGGAAAAUCAGCCAAGUGUUAUAGAUGUCCAGCUGGGCAAACCUCUGAACAUCCCUUGCAAAGCUUUCUUUGGAUUCAGUGGGGAGUCUGGACCAAUGAUCUACUGGAUGAAAGGCGAGAAGUUUAUUGAAGAACUGGCAGGUCACAUUAGAGAAGGUGAAAUAAGGCUCCUCAAAGAGCAUCUUGGAGAAAAAGAAGUUGAGUUGACACUUAUCUUUGACUCAGUAGUGGAAGCUGACUUGGCUAAUUAUACCUGCCAUGUGGAAAACAGAAAUGGACGGAAACAUGCCAGCGUUCUACUGCGUAAAAAGGAUUUAAUCUACAAAAUUGAGCUUGCAGGGGGCCUGGGAGCAAUCUUCCUCCUACUUAUACUGCUAGUGGUAGUCUACAAAUGCUACAACAUAGAACUGAUGCUUUUCUACCGACAGUGUUUUGGAGGUGAUGAAACUACUGAUGACAACAAGGAAUAUGAUGCCUAUCUCUCCUACACAAAAGUGGAUCAAGAUACUUUGGACUGUGACAGUACUGAGGAAGAGCAGUUUGCUCUUGAAAUACUGCCAGAUGUCCUAGAAAAACAUUAUGGAUAUAAACUGUUCAUCCCAGAAAGGGAUCUGAUUCCAAGUGGAACAUACAUUGAAGAUCUUACAAGAUGUGUUGAGCAAAGCAGAAGACUUAUUAUCGUGCUAACUCCGGACUAUAUUCUCAGACGGGGAUGGAGUAUUUUCGAACUGGAAAGCAGACUCCAUAACAUGCUAGUCAGUGGAGAAAUCAAAGUGAUUUUGAUUGAGUGUACAGAAUUAAAAGGGAAGGUGAAUUACCAGGAAGUGGAAUCACUAAAGCACAACAUCAAACUUCUAUCACUGAUCAAGUGGAAGGGACCCAAAAGCAACAAAUUAAAUUCUAAGUUUUGGAAGCACUUAGUAUAUGAAAUGCCAAGCAAGAAAAAAGAAAUGCUAUCCCAUUGCCAUGUUCUAGACUCUGCAGAACAGGGGCUUUUUGGAGAACUUCAGCCUAUACCUUCAAUUGCCAUGACCAGUACCUCAGCCACAAUGGUGCCAACGCAAGCUGAUCUCCGAGAGUUCCACCAUUCGGAUUCAGUGCAAAUGAGGCACUGUUGCAGAGGAUACAAACACGAGAUGCCAACGAACGCCCUGUCAGUACCUUCCUUAGGCAACCACCACACUUACUAUAACUUGCCACUGACACUACUCAAUGGACAGCUAACCCCUAAUAAUUCCUUGAAAGAGACUGAGGAAUUUUCAAGGAACAAUUCCUUACUACCAUUAUCAUCCAAAGAGCUUAGCUUCACCAGUGAUAUUUGGUAGGUGAGAAAAAAAAAUCUGAAUUCUUUGGAACAAGUACAUGGGAAUAUGAAUUUUCAGCUAUACUAAGCAUAAAUUACACCUAACAACACUGAGGUGCUGAAAAUGUGAAGAAAAAGGCACAAAAAAAUGAUGUUUGCACUUAAAUAUUUUUGUUUACACUUAUAGAAUAGUGGGGAAAUAGAAGGUCUUGUUUUUAUAGUCUGGCACCUUGUCCCAAUGUACAGUUUUGAUUUUUCCUGAAAAAAAAAUUGAAUUGUGUCCUUUUUAAGUAGGUUUUAUGGCACCACAUGAACUGCCAAUAUUUAGGAAUUCAGCAUUUAAACAUUAUUUUUUCAAAAAGAAAAACGAAAAAAAAUUUCCUGGAGACUCAUUUGAUUUUAAACUUCUGAAUGAAGGUUUAAGGGAAAGGAGAACUUCUAGAGAGUAUCUGAAAACAGCGGGGUAUUAUACAGGAACAAAACACAUUGAGGCAGCCAAUUGGAAGACUGUUUAUCCAGGAAGAUCAGUUGAGAAAAUAGUACAAUUGAAAAGCUUAUAUCUUCUGCAACAUAAUGGACAACUCCUAUAGACUAAACCUGAAAACUUGUAAGAACAGCUUUUAGUUCUAUUAGACAAGCACAUCAACUGUAGUCAAACUGGUAGGUAGGUAAGCUAUGUACAUUUGUAAGGCAAAUGAAUAGACAGCUCUAAGCUCUUUAAAAUGAUUUUUAAUAAACCUAUGACUUUCUGGAUCAUUAAAAAAAAACCUUAUGACUUUGAAACUGUAUCUUGAAAUGCACAAUGUAUUUUCUAAAAGAAAAAAAAAUCACAUUUAGACUUGAUUUUCCCCCAAACAGUCUUGUGAUCUAUAAGAUUUAUGUGAAGAUGUGGGCAUUGUCCUACUUGUUUUUCAGCCUCAUUACAAGUUGAAUUUAAAUAUAUAUUGACUGUAAAUGUCUGCAGUUGAAAAGAAGUAAGAACAGUAUUACAAAAUGAAGUGCUAAAUGAUUUGAGUUUACUAGUGGUAGAGCAGUGACUGCAGACUUUCUUCAUCUGCAACGAGGUUGUGGAACAGACUAUUUUGUACAUCAAUGAGUCUGCUCAGCCAAAUAUGCAAGGCUCCUGCAGAAGUGUCUCUAUUCCCUGUGAUUCAAAGAAUCUGUUUGAUAGACUAAACUUGUCCAUCCUCAUACAGUGACUGUGACUGUAUCAUAUCAGCACAUCUUUAUGAAUAAUCUGUAUCCUAUUGGCUGUAAGGAAUGUAACCUUUCUGUAUCAUUUAUUGUGGAUUAUGACUUUCUAUCACUUAUAGUUAAUUUGGUGUGCUCUCCAACCUGGUAUGUAUGGGGGUCUAUUGUUUAACUGCUUAUCAAAGUUGAAUCAAAGAUUUUGCAAAUGGUUCUUAUAAAAAGUUCUUGUACAAUUAUAAACAAGGACAAUGUAUACAAUGUAAAAACUUAGACUUUGUUCACCCCUUGUGAUUGUGAGACCCAAAAGUAGUAGCAAAUAUGAGAAAAUAGGAUUUGAUGAUCUGUCUCUAAUCUCUUUCCAUGGUUGGUUCCAUGUGAUCCAUCAGUUCUGUGAAAAUACCUGUUUUUCUGUUGUUUUUCUUCAACAUCUAACUAUUCAGAAAAUGCAUUAUGUAGCAAAGCUGUGUUAAAGUUUUAGACUGAUAGAUGUUUAUUUCACAGGGAGACAAGUAGUUACUCCUUUGAAAAGUCCUGUUCAACAUAUGUAGGUAUUUCAUGGAUUUUUUUUCUCACUAAGAAUGAGAAAACCAGUAAAAACUAUAGCUAUUUCCAAGAGAAAAUUAUCAAUUCUGAAGUUUUUUCCAAGUGUUUUAAAGUUGUAUUUACUCUGGGUGUUCCUUAAUGCUAUGUGUAAUGACAAAUUAUUAAUCUGCAUGAAAUGAGUGGUAGUAUGUGUUAAGUGGACAAUUGUACUUUUUACUAUAUUGUUUUUCACAGAAAUCUAGUUUAAUUCAAAUAGAAUGUUCAGUCAUAUUUUUAAACUAAUAGUUCUGUAUUGAGCAUGCCAGUUCUGAAAAUAUACCACGGGCCUCUCUGCUUCCUUUAUUUACAAUGAUUAAACGUGGGUAGCAAUUUGAGUUGGCUGGCCACAAUGUGUCCUUUCACUGCUUGUAGGUACUCAGAAACAGAGCAUUCACACUUCUGCUGGGGAACUUGACAAGAAACCUUUUCUACCAUUUUUAGGAACUAAUAUGUACACUAUCUAUAAAAAUUUAUUUCUAGAUGGCAAUUCAAAAAAAUUUAAUUUUCAUCUGAGUUUUUUUUAAGAGAUAGAGCUCAUAUGUGUAUUAUGCAACUUUUAGUCUAGAACACACUGUAUGCCUCUAAUUGUUUUUACAGUGAGACUUUCUUUUCCUUUUCAAGUUUUCACUGAAUUUUGGAAAUCUAGGAAACUAGGGUUACAACUAGUUCUUAUGCACUCAUAAGAAAUUUAUCAUUGUGUUAUUGCAUGCAAAUGUACAUUUACAAACUGGAUUUUAAAGGUGAAACAUUCUGAAAACAAAACUGAAAAUUAGAAUACAAAUGAUAGAU